AUGAAGACUUCGCUCCUCGCCGCCCUGUUCCUCUUCGCCUUCCUCUUCUUCGCUUCGGCACUCGCCCAGCGUGGCCAAGAAGACGAAGGCGCCGCGGAAGUAGACCCUGAACUUGCCGAGCUCAACGCCUUCUUCAAGAACCUCAUUCCCGGGGCCGACACCAAUCAGUUGUCGCAGAUCAACACUGCCCUCGGCCGCAGUGGUCCUCGCGGCGAUGGCUCGAAGAUCAUCGAGGUCAACAUCAACCUCAAGCUCCUCCUCAUCAAGCUGGCCCACGGAGGCUUCGGCCUCUACAACAACAAGGACUGA